AAUGAACUGCCACUGACUGUCGAUCCCUUACUGGCAUCAGGAAAUCCGUCAGUUCCUGUGGCACGUCGCCAUCUUGGGGAUUCUUUGGAUCAUCGACUAACCGUCCGAUGGAACAAUUUUGUUGCAACGACGGAUAGCAGAUGUCUGAUAGCUUGUGGUUAUCCGGACUACAGUUUUCGAGUGAUUGACACGGAUGCUGCGAGAGUACGACAAGUGAUCUACGGUCAUGGUGACGUUGUGACGUGUAUUGCGCGAUCCGAGACGAGUCUGUUUGCUGAUUGCUAUGUGGUAACUGGAAGUAACGACUGCACUGUUGCUUUAUGGCAUUGGAAUGGACAGCAAGGUUUCGUUGCCGGUGAGUACAACACGCUUGGAGAGACGCCAUCACCUCGAGCGAUUCUCACUGGUCAUGAAGCUGCUAUUUCUGCGCUAGCUGUCUCCGCUGAGCAUGGACUCGUUCUCAGUGGUUGCGAAGGUAUGGACAUUUCUUUUACGUGA